UGGACUCGAAUUUGUCAUUCACAUCGUCCCCGAGAAAAGGCCUUUUGUUUUGUGAUUGUCCACACGACGAAAAUCCCAGUCUCCAAAACUAACGACACGUAUUCUCUUACAAUUAAUGCAUUUUUCCAAGCAUAGUAUUUAAGCAACACAAAUAAAGGAAACUCCACAAGGAUAACCGCAACUCCCUCCCUCGCCUUCAUCAAUUCGUUCAUUGAUCUUUCAAGUUUAAAAUUAUAAGCCAUUGAAAGCGGUUGAAGCCCCAAGCAAAGAUAAACAGAAUUCAUUAAACAAAACAUCAUGGUUUUGCUUCGGCUUCUUGUCCAGCUAUUUAUUUCCUUCAUUUUCUUGCGAUCCAAACAAUGUUUCUCUUCAAAUCAAUCACCAAUAAUAGUACCUCUAAGAACCCAAAACAACCAUCAUAUCUCAACAAGACGACUCUUCUCCAAUAGUUCUUCAAAAACCACAGGCAAGCUCUUAUUUCAUCACAAUGUUACCCUCACUGCCUCUCUCACCAUUGGCACGCCCCCACAAAACAUUACAAUGGUUCUUGACACAGGCAGUGAGCUUUCGUGGCUCCGUUGCAAAAAAGAACCAAACUUUACAUUCAUUUUUAAUCCUCUUGCCUCCAAAACAUACACUAAAAUACCUUGUUCUUCACAAACCUGCAAGACACGAACCAGUGACCUUACCCUGCCCGUUACUUGUGACCCGUCCAAGCUCUGCCACUUCAUCAUCUCCUACGCUGAUGCCUCUUCCGUUGAAGGCCACCUCGCAUUUGAAACUUUCCGGUUCGGAUCGUUGACGCCGCCCGCUACUGUUUUCGGGUGCAUGGACUCGGGCUCUAGCUCCAAUACAGAGGAAGAUGCAAAGACAACCGGGUUAAUGGGCAUGAACCGUGGGUCAUUAUCAUUUGUGAACCAGAUGGGAUUGAGAAAAUUCUCGUAUUGCAUAUCGGGUCUUGACUCGACCGGUUUUUUGCUUCUCGGGGAGGCCAGAUACUCGUGGCUUAAACCCUUGGAUUACACUCCUUUGGUUCAAAUGUCGACCCCUUUACCCUACUUUGAUCGGGUCGCUUACUCUGUUCAGCUUGAGGGAAUAAAGGUAAAUAACAAGGUUUUGACUUUGCCCAAAUCGGUGUUUGUACCGGACCAUACCGGAGCAGGGCAAACCAUGGUCGACUCGGGUACCCAGUUUACGUUUUUACUGGGUCCGGUUUAUGGUGCCUUGAGAAAAGAAUUUCUAUUACAAACUGCAGGGGUUCUAAGAGUUUUAAACGAACCGCACUUCGUGUUUCAAGGAGCAAUGGAUCUCUGUUAUUUGAUUGACUCAACUAGGGCCACCUUGCCAAAUCUACCGGUUGUCAAGUUAAUGUUUCGGGGAGCCGAGAUGAGUGUGUCGGGUCAAAGACUGUUGUAUCGGGUCCCGGGUGAAGUUAGAGGGAAGGAUUCAGUGUGGUGCUUUACUUUCGGAAACUCUGACGAGUUGGGAAUCUCAUCGUUCUUGAUUGGUCACCACCAACAGCAAAAUGUCUGGAUGGAGUAUGAUCUUGAAAAUUCCAGGAUUGGAUUUGCGGAGUUAAGGUGUGAUCUUGCUGGUCAACGGCUCGGCUUGGACGUCAAGAAUUUAGCAUGACUCCUCUGCGCCGGGUCCGCUCACACGUGGGGCUACUAUAUAUUUUCAGUAGAAAAAAGGCGAAAUGGCCCUUUAUUACCCGGUCUUUGAUGGAUGGGGUGCCACCCUCUUUUAAAGAGUUGAGAAUAUAUAAAGUUCCAUGUUUUUUGGGGGGGCGACGUGGAGUGUUGGGAUUGGAUUCUGUGAUCAAUUAAUGAGUCAUUGUCCAGUAAUAUAUUUCUGGGACAGUGUCUGUGCGUGAAGAAAAUUUAGGAUUUUGGAGCAUCAAAUGCAAUGCUCAGUAAUAUAUUUUUGUAUCGUACAUGACAUUA